AAAGUGAGUGAGGUGCAGGAACAAGUCAGGCAAAAUACGCUCAUCCUAAAGAGCCUUCAUGCCAAGCAAAGUGCGGUCUUGUCUCCAGAUCUUGUACGGGAGAACUUUCAUCUCCCAAUGAGAACUGGGGAUGAUUUCGCACAGGUUGAAGAAAAGCUCUCUGAAAGGGAGAGUGAAGCAAUACUGGUUAUGAUCAAUCCAGGUCCGUCAUAUUGGUAGUUUGGGUGGAAUCACGGCCAGAGAGGUUGUAGACAGAAUAAUGUCUACCCUCUUUACUCCAAGCCUGGCAGCUUCCUUUAAUUGGAAAGGGAGGGGACACAAGAUGGGACUUGCCAACACUUCGCUGGCAAGAAUCAUCAAAGAUGCAUCAAAGAUUUCCGGCUGCACGGAAUCAGCUACUGAAAUCCAUAUUAAGAACUGGCUGAAGUAUGCAUCAGACAAGGCUGGAGGGCACAAGAAGCGUGCAGACAAGCAAAAAGAGAAAGAGAGGGAACUCAAGGCAAAAAAAACAGGCACUGUCCCAGCUGAUGGACACUUCUGAUGAUGAUGAUGAUGAUGAUGAUGAUAAUAAUGCUGUGAUUUAAAGAAAUUUGUGUAAACAU